UGAUAUCUUUUUGUUGUGGAGCUGAGAAUAACCAUCAUGUUUUUGUACACCUUGAGUUUAACGGUCGUGCUAGUUUUUGCAUGCAACCUUGAAAAACCACCCACUGGCGAAAAUAAUAGUUCAACAAGUGCAGCUUUAAAACCAUCAUGCCAUAAUACAUCCGACACAUGCAGGGAUGUGGUCAGUUCUACACCCAGACCAGUGGUCAUCAUGUCAAGUGGACUUGAGGUGAUGUGUGACACACAGACAGACGGGGGAGGAUGGACGGUGAUACAGAGAAGAUUCAACGGACAAACAGAUUUCUAUCGGGGGUGGGAGGAGUACAAGUAUGGGUUUGGAGAUGUGGAUGUCGGAGAAUUUUGGCUGGGCAACGAGAACAUUCACCGUCUGACGUCACAAAGACGAUACGAGCUGAGGGUCGAUUUUAAAUUUAACAACACGGACUACUUCGCUAAAUAUUCAAGGUUUCGUGUAUAUGGAGAGGUGGAAAGUUAUAGGCUAAAGGUCAGCGGUUAUUCUGGCAACGCUGUGGAUUCUUUGUUGAAAGGACACAACAAUCAGAAGUUUAGCACACUCGACAGGGACAACGAACUUGACAGAAGAAACUGCGCCCAAAAUUUUCACGGCGCCUGGUGGUACUACUUGUGUCACUGGUCAAAUCUGAACGGACUUUGGAGAAGCUCUGAAUUCGGUAAGGGACUCAACUGGUACUCAACAACAGGCCAUUUUGCCUCUGCUACAUUUACUGAAAUAAAAAUGAGGCCGAUUUAAUGUUUC